AUGGCCUACUCCCUCUCGAUGAUCAUCAAAUUUCGCUGGCAAGGCGGAAUUGGGUUCGCGUCGAGGGACUUGUCAUCUCAUCAGACAAUCGCAUUUGAUGGUUGUGUUUGUCCCAUCCAUCCGGCAUCCAUGACUUUGACUUUCGACCGAGACUUCAACAUGUGGAUACGUACCUCAACCUCCCAAUGCUUCUGUUCGGCCGAGAUAUCUCCAGGUAACUCAUGGCCCGGCGCCUUGGCUCGCCACCACUGUCGACAGCAGCAUGACAAACUCGCAACGUGCGGCUUCGCAAACAAGCGGCACCUUGUCAGUAGAAGGGUAAAGGGCUUUCCCGCUUGCAUGGCGGCUCUAUCAUGGAUGAUGGCUUCCCGGGCGCCUGGAUCCAUUGGGUCAGGCCUGCCCAAACGAGAUCUCAGCGACUAUCUUAGUAGCUGCGACGUUUCUUGUCGCGAAACUUCAGAUGAGUUUCGCUUCGUCCACAAGUAA